AUAUAUGCUGCUUGUGUACUACGGUCGUAUUCCUCUACCAAUUGUCUAGAGUGUUGUGUGUGUAUGAAAGAGUUGCAACACACAAACGCCAGACAUGGAUCCAUUGAAGAGGUUUGAAGAGGCCAAGCUGCGCGGACUGAAUAAGGACGAGUACUUUCAUCUUAUGGAGAUGGAGGUGAAACUCCUGGAGAUGAGAAAACAAGAGGUGAUGUGAAAUACGGUGUGUGUGUGUGUGUGUGACAGACACUGAGUGCUGUGUAAAUGUGGUGUGUGUGUGUGGUAGGUACUGAAUGGUGUCAAUUUGAUGUGUGUGAAAGGGAUUGAAUGACAUAAAUGUGGUGUGUUUGAUAGGUACUGCAUGUGUAUAAAAGUGGUGCGUGUGAUAGGCAAUGAAUAGUGCAAAUAUGGUGUAUAUUAUAUUCACUGAAUAGUGUAAUGGGGUCUGUGAGUGAGGGAGAGAAAGAGAGAGAGAGAGAGAGAGAGAGAGAGAGAGAGAGAGAGAGAGAGAGAGAGAGAGAGAGAGAGAGAGAGAGAGAGAGAGAGAGAGAGAGAAAGAGAGAGAGAGAGAGAGAGAGAGAGAGAGAGAGAGAGAGAGAGAGAGAGAGAGGAUGAUAUGGAAACAAAGUGUGUGUAUGGAAAGGAGUGGGAGCAACACAAUUAAAUUGCUCAUGACAGAGGCGUGAAUAUUAGAAAGAGGGAAGGAGGGAGAGUAAGAUAGUGAUGAUGGUGAAGAUAGGGUGUAAAAAAUGUAUUUUAUCUCAUGAGAUAUACACAAAGGGAACGAUAACGUUAUAGAUUUUCCAAUUUAUUAAUGUAAUCUUUCCAAAGCCUUUCAAAAUCAAGGCUAUCACAUUGACAAAUAUGAUAAGCAUAGUCAACAAACUAAAUGGUUAGCCAACACACUGAAAGUUUAGUCAACACACUACAUGUUUAGUCAACACGCUAAAUGUUUAGCCAACACGCUAAAUGUUUAGCCAACACACUACAUGUAUAGCCAACACACUACAUGUAUAGCCAACACACUACAUGUAUAGCCAACACACUACAUGUUUUGUCAAAAUAAUGUUUAAUUUGUGAUAUCCCCCCCCCCCUUUUUGGACUGUACAGGUGUCAGCAGCAUCAGUUGGUAGAGCAGGACAGUCUGAAGCUGGUCAGUUUGGAUAUUUUUUUUUUUACCUUUUCUUUUCCUUAAACAAAUUACCCUAAAGGAAGAUGCUUUUUACAUGUAUAGCCAACACACUACAGGUUUUGUCAAAAUAAUGUUUAAUUUGGGAUAUCCCCCCCCCCUUUUUGGACUGUACAGGUGUCAGCAGCAUCAGUUGGUAGAGCAGGACAGUCUGAAGCUGGUCAGUUUGGAUAUUUUUUUUUUUUACCUUAUCUAUUCCAUAAACAAAUUACCCUAAAGGAAGAUGCUUUUAAUCUCUCCCUGUCAUUAAAUGUACAUUGAAUUACUUGAAUUAUGAGACAAUUUAAAACGCAAACGAUUGGUAAUGGAAUUCAGUUGUUCUUUUUUCGUUGUUGUUGUAUAUCAAAAGCACAGACUAACAUAAUGAUAUAGGCACCUGAUAAAGGUCAAUAGACAAGUCGUCCUAUUGAGGGGAGUGUUCAUUAAAUGGAAUAUGUUGUACGGGAAAGCUAAAUUGUUCAAAUAAUUGAUGUUUCGAAAUGUUUGGGAAGAUGUCUAUAACGCAAUUAUGUUACAUCAAGGGUAAUUCCCCCCCUCUCACCCCCCCCCCCCCCCGAAACCCAACUCAAAAGGCAACAACAUCGAAGAAUAAUUUGUAUUCAUUGAAAUACAUUUAGUUUUGCGUGUAUAAUAAAUACAAACUUUGGGGUAAGUUCCAAGGUAAUAGGACCAACACCAAUGUGUGUCAGUGGCCUGUGCUUUACUUCUGCAAAUUUUAAAAUGUUGUACACUGGAGAGGGUGAACAUUUUAUUGACAGGGUGGACAUUUUUGCUCCAUAGAUCUUUCUUACGAUUGGUUUGUUCAUCUUUCUAUGUAUAUGACGCCAUAACCCGCUAUGACAAUUACAGUAACUGUUAACCACGAUUAUGGCAUAUCUCUCCCGUCAGAUCUCCAACAGAUGCUUCGUGACAUGCACCACCAGCAGGUCCGCCAGCACGAGAAGGUGUGCCGCGGCAUCAAGCUCAUCCUGGAGCAGCUCCACCAGCAGCAGCAGGAUCACCAGGACCAGCGGCACAAUGUGGGCACGCAGAUCUCCGAAAUUUACCGAAACGUUGACGGCAAGCUCGAGUCGUCCGUCCAGCAAAUGAAAGAGGAGCUCCGGGAGCUGCGUGCUGAGGUUCUGAACAAAGUUGAAGGUGGCAGGGGUUAUUUGAGGGACACCCUCACGGGGGUCAAGGGGGUGAAAGCGAGUGUGUUCGGCAAGAUCGGGGAAGUAACCAACAGCAUCAAAGGUAAUUUUCACGAUGUCCGGAAAGACAUUUUUAGUAGAGUUACAUCCCUUGAGGGGGAUUUUUUAAAUUUUGAGAAUGGUGGAGGGAGAGAACCGUUGCCUAAACCAAAUGAACUCACGACGCGAAUUCAAAGGGAUCCUGCUCGGGAAAAGUCAACAAGCGUAGCACAGUUCGAACAGUCAGACGAGUUUACCAGCAACGAAAGCGUAGAGGGAAAAGACAGUUUCGGUGAUACUGAAAAUGAGGCAUCCCAAAAAUUACAUGAUGAUUUUGAACGCAAAGAAAGUGUGCAGGAUACAGAACACGUAAAUUUGAGGUCAGAUCAUGAACAAUCGGACGAUGUCCACCACGAACAUUCAAUUCCUAACCAGACGAGUGAGCCGCUGUAUGCUUCUAGUGCUCUUGAGCACCAGAGCGGAGUCUGUUCACAGCAAGCCGACUCGACACUACAGAGAUUACGAUCAGAAGCCAUGUCGGUUGAAGAACAAAUCGAGACCACAUCACGACACAUUGAUGACCAGCCAAACGAAACAACGGAUUCACUUUUACAAACUUCACACUUACUACUACAAGCUGUGGACGGAGUACGCAAUUUUAACGACGAACUUCCUCAGUUGGACUCGUUUCCCGAGAGCCACGUGGAUCAAAAUAUUCAAACUGAUAGCGAUGACAGGAAAUCACUAACAAGUAGACUGAUACAAGAAGUGCCGGGACCACGUACGGCGUCACUGCAGGAAAACACGUCACUUCUGCAGGAUAAGUCACGACCGCAUGAAAUGCCACUUCCUACGUCCUCGCCACAGGAUGCGUUACCGUCUUCGAAUACUUCACAGCCGCAUGACAAGUCACCGAAUCUAAACACGCCACCACAACAAGACGCACCACAACUUUCAGGCAGCACGUCGCCACAGGGCUCGUCACAACAACGGGAGGCGUCACUGCGACCUCCUAGAGAUCAAGAUGAUCCGAAGACGAGUUUCGAACAGCAAUUGGAAGUUCUGGAACGGCUCUUCUAUGUGGUAACCCAGCAAUCGCACCAGCUGUUCCUGGACACGGUGGAGGACAAAAUGGAGCAGACCCUCAACGUGAUCGUCGCGCUGGUGACCGGGGUCAAGCACGAGAUUUGUGACGUCACGGAGAAAGAGAUGCAGCUGGUCAGGGACAGACUGACCAGCGGGCCUCGUCCUGGAAAACAUUACGUUUGCGAUUUCUACGUCAAGAACGUCCGAAACAUGGUCUACCGCGAGGACAGUCAGAUGAGUCUUCCUUGGCACAUCCAUCAGAUGAGGUCGUGCGUCAAAGGUUACGUUGAGGUCACCGGAAACGGGGACAUGUACGUGGCCUUGAUGUACGGCCGCCACCCGUCGGCCCUGGGGCUGGCCCCACGCGCGGGGAUCAAGCUCAAGGUGAAGGCCACCGUGAAAGACACAACGGGGACCCUGCCGGACGUAGUGGUGGGGGAAGCCACCUGGAACUGCAACGAGGCCGGGGUCAAGGACAACAGGGCGUGGGGUAAAAAGAUCGGGGUCCUGUCCUGCGUGAGUUUGGUCAACCAGGGUUACGGAGAGAAGGAGGGCUACGCCUAUGGUUCUAUGCUAAUCAGAUACGAGAUCACUGUCCUCAAGGAAUGACUUACCGGAUUCAAAGACCAGUAAUUCGUGCAUUAACGAAUGUCCCUCCCCUAUUUUCUUUUCCCACUUGUAUUUCGUCUGUUGUUAGAGACGGUCUUUUCAGACACGCCCAUAUGGCAUUUUUUGUUUUUUUGUUGAUAAUUACGUUUCACGGUUAUUGUUCACAUAUGCAUUUUUUUGUAUUUUAAUUAGAGAACUGACUAGUAAAGUAGCAGGGAAAGUUAAUUGAUUUUUUUAAAAAUGAUAAACUUAUUCAAAUAUGAAAUAAGUAUCAAUUUCUACAAAGCAAAGGUCUGCUAAAUAUUUUUUUUUUAACUGCUCGGACCACCCUACAUAUUUACAAUGAGUCCGCAUCACAGCACCGGUAUAAACACGCAAAAAGAAAAGUAAAAAAAUAAUGGAGGUCAGAGAGCAUACGUAAAAUUGAAAGUAAGGAUAAUAAAUGAAGGACGGCGUUCAAGCUGUGUGAAGGUGAUAGUAGAUCAAGGCAUGGGGAAGCUCGAAUAUAUAAAGACAGGACAGUGCACUGAAAGAAAAAUAAAGGCGAAGGAGAUGAGAUGUUUCAGAAGCAUUCUUCUAAUCUGCUAUAGAGACCAGAUCUCUAACGAACAAUUGAAAGAAAGGAUUCGUCAAGCAAUCGGACAGUAUGAUGACCUCCUGGUGACUGUAAAAAAAGCGCAAACUGGAAUGUUAUGGCCACGUGACAAGAAAACAAGGGCUCGCCACAGAAAUCAUGCAGGGCACAACGAGAGGAGGGAGAAGAAGAGGAAGACGAGAAAAAGAUGGGAAGGUAAAAUCAAAGAGUGGACGUGUCUAAAACUGGGCGUUGCUGUGCGAAGUGCAGAAAACAGAGACGAAUGGAGGAGGAUUGUUCACAUGUCAUCUGUGGCGCCCCAACGGUCCAAGGACUAAGGGGCAUGAUGAUGAUGAUGUGCACUGCGCACCAUCAUAAUAUCGCGGCACGACAGUGUGCCGCCUCACACCGGUGCGGAGCUCUGCGCUAAAGUAAUAUUUUUUCUUCUGCAUGAUAAGAGAAUACAUGUCGAACGCUCAGACUGUUGGGGGGGGGGGAUCUAUUAUUUAAGCCCCACGUGCAAUGUCUGUUUAUUUUAACCCCACCAUAGCUUGCAGCGGUAUCGUAAUUGUUGUGGAAAACAUUCAUGUUUUCUAUAAGAACAAGAAGAAAACUAUUCUCUCUCCCCCCUUAUUAUGUGUUAACUCGAGCAUUAAGGGGGGAAAACAAUUGUUUUAACUAUUUUACAAAAAAAUUUUGUUUUUACAAAUCUUGAUUAUUGUGGAAAAAGUUAUUCAGGGAAAAUAAAUUUCAAAUAUCGAAAAAAAAAUUUUUAAAUUGAAUUUAAAAAAAGGGGGGUUCAUUUUGCAGACCAAAGCUAUAUUCAAUGUGCAGUGAAUUAUUCAGCCUCAUUUCACCCCCGCCCUCCACCCCCCCCCCCACAUACGACACAAAAAAUUACAAAAACAUAUUGC